GGUAAAUACGAACAAGACGUUGCCAUCGCAUGGCUCUCAAUGAUCUACAUGAUAAUCUACAUCCCGGUGAUCGUUCCGGCCACUUGGAUUCUCAACCGCUACGGCCUGCGCGUGUCCAUUCUCAUUGGAGCCAUCCUAAAUGCGGUCGGAGCGUGGUUGAAGUGUUUGUCAAUGGAGUUCUCGCAGCCCUCCAGCACUGCGGCCUCAGCAAUGGGCUCGUCCUCCUUCCCAAUCCUCAUGAUCGCCCAGGCAAUUUGCGCCACUGGCCAGACCCUGCUGCUUGGCGUGCCCGCUCAGCUUGCUGCUACGUGGUUCGGCAAAUCUGAACUCGCACUAGCCACAUCUAUCGGAGUGUUUGGCAAUCAGGUUGGCUGUGCACUCGGCUUCGGCCUGCCACCCUUGAUGGUACCAUCAGUGGACUUCUCCACCCCAGCCACCUUCGACAGCCAAUUCGACAGUCUGAAGAGGGGAUUUCGCAUACUCUUCUACGGCGGUGCCGCUAUCAUGACCCUAGACUUACUCCUCGUGACUGCCUUUUUCAGAAAGGAGCCAAAAAUUGCGCCGAGCCGGGCCCAGUACAAACGGAUCCUUCAGCGUCGCGGUCAGCUGGCGGGAGAUCAUCCGACUGGGGAUGAGGUCAACUCAGAUUCUCAAGGCGCUCUUUUUGUUUUGUCAUUUCAGAGCAAGAAGUCAGUGAUAAAAUCACAUCAGAAGUGUCAGAACUGGCAAAACAAAGCUACUUCCACCAAAUCAAGUUUAGUUUCAAAAGCCUCAGUUUCAUCUGGCUCAACAUCUGCUACGCCCAUAGAAGGCUUUCUUAAAAACGCGUUCGCAUUUUCUUUCUCCUCUCAAGGUGUUAACACUGGCGUCUACUACGAAAUCGGCACUCUUUUGAGUGUCAUCUUGUUGGAGUACUUCCCGACUGAGCAAGUGGCGAUUGGCUGGGUCGGCUUCAGCAUGGUUAUCGCUGGUCUCAUUGGCUCCAUCGUCGCCGGUAUCGUGCUCAAGAAGACCGGUCUUUACAGACGAGUUCUGAUAGUCUUCUACUUCCUCAGCGUUGUGACCAUGGGCGCGUUCACGGGCAGCGUGUUUAGCUACUCAAUCGCCUUCGUCUUCGUCACGAUGAUCCUCCUAGGGUUCUUCCAGUCCGGUUUCCUUCCACUUGGUUUCGAAUACGCGGCGGAAAUCACGUAUCCGGUGGACGAAGGCCUCUCCUCGGGCAUUCUGAACACAUCGGCUCACAUAUUUGGCGUCAUCCUUACACUGGUGGCAACUGCACUCGAGGGCAAAUACGGCGGUUUAUCUGCAAACCUCUUCAUGCUUGUUUCAAUGGCUCUCGCGGCGAUUCCUGCAUGUGAGAUUGACUUGCUCUCGUUGAUAUUUCGAUUAGUACCGAAUUUCCAGGCUUCUGGAAAUUUCAGGUGGACCAGAUAA